AUGGCACCCACCGAAGUCAUUGAGCGCGAGGCGCCAGAAGUAGUGACUAAGUCACACGCGCCGGUGCGAUCGCGUCUCCCUACCGCGCUGCGCGUGCCCAUUCUCAUCUGUCUGAACUCGGGCAUCAACAUGCUGCUGUGGGAGUUUGUCUCGAAUUUCCUGAGCCCGGAGCUCGGGGCUGUCAGCAAGGUGCCGCAAGAGGACGACAUCACGUCGUUUUACUCGCCGCAUGCGCGUCUCGCCAUGCGCUGGUUUACCGUGUGCAUGACGUGGUACUUGAGCUACGACUUCUACGAUGUCUCGGCCCUCGUUGUCCUGACGCACGCGCCUUGGGCCUAUUUGCUCACCACUUUUUACAACAUCUCGCCUUUGACUGCGGCCACCAAUAUCGCCAUUGAGGUCAUUUCUUUUGCGCUGCCCACAUACCUUUUGCGCCCACGCUCCCUCGCCCACAAGAACAACGCGCCUCUGCGCAACCGCUUCUUGCUGAACAGCUUUCAAGUCCAGGUCUCGAGCUUCAUGCUCGCAACCGGCGUCUAUGUUGUGCUUCUAUGGGGUGCUCUGAAGACGGGCGUCUUGAACACUUUCCUCGUCCAAUACUUUGACAUUCCCACGCUUGAAGUCGCCCAUAUUGAGACUCCCCUGUCUCUUGUGGUCAAGACGUUUGUUGCUGGUUUCGCCGCCAAGGCUUUCCUCCUUAACCCAUCCUUUGCUGCUCAGCCGCUUUCCGAAAACCAGACGCCUGGCGAUAACUUUGACCCGGCUACUGCAACGCUAUCUCAGACUCUUGAGUACAACUUCUACAAUUUCACCCAGAGGACCCGCACUCUGAUUCAGCAAACGCUCAUUCUCAACGCCUUUUUGUUCACCUCCACCGUUCAACGGAGCAUGACGCUCGUAGGAACCGACAUUAUCGGUGCUGUUGGAUAUGCGGGUGUGUGGGUCGCAGCCAAUACCCUCAUCGCACUGUGGUUCGGAUGGGUUGGUGACACUAGCGCGGAUUACGAGCCUUUGUAA